AUGGUGUUCAUCAUUGUCAAUAUUGAACUAGAGCUCUUUGUCACUCGGAAUUGGUACUAUGGAGAAAAGAAAACUAAAAUUGGCGACAGUGAAGCAGAAACCCACUCUUAUUUCGCAGAAUCAACUCAUGUUCGCAGUCCGAAGCCUGAAUAUGUUCAGUUCAGUGUGGGACAGGUAAUAGGUCACAAAAGAUUUGGCUAUUCAGGAGUCAUUGUUGGAUGGGAUGUAAAAGCUAAAGCUCCAGAAGAAUGGCUACAACACAAAUAUCCUCCAGCGAAACAGGGUCUAAAAGAUACUCCUCACUAUCGAAUUCUAAUUAACAAAGCAAAUGGGUAUGGCAAAUCUACAGCUUACGUUCCUGAGGAAGAGAUAACAAUUAUUAUGGGAGUAGAGGUACAUCACCCUGAUAUGAAAGCCUAUUUCAGUGGAUAUGAUGGAUCAAAAUACAUUAUGCAGCCAUGGUUGAAAAAAAUCUAUCCUCAUGACUGAAGUACUUAAGUGUUUGUACAUGCAACGUACAUCCAGACAA